AAGAGUGAUUGCGCGCGUACGUUAAAUUUGAUUACGAUAACCGAAUCGAAACGAAUUCAAUAUUGCAUAUUUCGCAUUUGAAUCGUUUGUUUUGUUGGCGUUUACGAUAGACAUAUACAACAUAUGAACAUAAAAUACGUAUUGCUAAGAGGAAAAAAAAAAAAAUAACACAACACAAAACGGUUUCCGCAGCGAAAAGUGAACAAGAGUGAGAAGAGAGUGUGCUGAAGAGCGGCUCAUUCGGCAUGAAUGUUUUCAAAUGCCAAUUAUGAGUAUCAGCAGCACCAGCAGCCGCAUUUGAAUGAGAGACAGAGAAAGCAAGUUAGGUUCCAUAUCACUGAUUUUAUUGACUGAAUAGUGAAGCGCACACGGGCGUACAGUACAAUAUUGAAAAUUGCGAUUUUCAUGUGAAUGUAAUCCGUUUUUGGAAAUAUGUCGUUUAAAAGUGAUAAACCCAUAUUAGAUCAGCAGCAUCAUCAGCACCACCAUCAUCAUCAUCAAAACAACCAUCACCACCACCACCACCUCCAACAACAGCAGCAGCAGCAGCAGCAACAACAUUCAGUCUGCGCUCCACCAUCAUCGCAUUCAUUUCGGCAAACGUAUGGUGAUACAAAAACCGUAUACACAGCACCGAUUAUGAAUAUUGACAGUGAUAUUAGCAAUUUGAAUAUUUUAUCUAAUAACAAUAAUAACGUAAUUAAUAAAGUUCCUGAACCGGUUCGCUCAUACGAAACGAUUAAUAAUAACAACAAUAUCAUGGAUUGUAUGCAACAGCUUCAGCAAUAUCAGCAAGUUCAGUUAAUGAAACCGACUACCGAAUCUGGGUAUGGUUCAGAUGAAUUCCCACAUGACAGUCCUGUAGGUAGCACGAGAUAUGCAUCGCCAAAAGCGGGCGGUGCGCUAUAUCAACCAGAACAGUACUUCGAUUCCACUAGCGGAACAUGGUAUUCAUCUCCAUCGAGCGCAUAUGCGCCACAAUCAUCAGCUUCUACGUAUCAUCACAUCUCACCUCAUUUAGGGCCGCCUCAUGGACACGAUCACUAUUCAUUAUCUCCAGGCGUUACACACGAUGGCCAUAUACAGCAAACACUACCACCGAUGAGCACGUUUCGUGGCACGGGCGUUUCAGCUCAAGCAGGCGCACCACAUUCACCUGUAAUGUACAAUCAACAACUAGCGGCACAUCAUCCACAUUCACAACAUAGUCCGGCUAUUCAAAAUGAUACAAUUGUUGGCAAAGCAAUGCAAACCAUGUUCACAUCGACAGAAAUGUUUACGCCGACAGGGACAGACCAAAUAAUGGCACCAUCACCUACACGAACACCUGUCACAGCACAUCCAUCAACACCUGUAAAUUCACCACCGCCAAUAACAUCGCAAUCCCAACCACCAACCGCUCCUCCAACGCAACAACAAUCGUCUACAUCAACGUGGCAACAAUUAACGUCUCCGCAUCGCCUCGAGAACGGUUUGCAGAAUGGCAGCUAUCCAUCCGAAUUGGUUCCACGAGAACUGCACAUGGCUAAUCUACCCGAUUCACAGCCUGUAGAUGAUGCUAUUGUUUUUCUAAGCAGUACAACCCAACAAACAAAACUCGAAGAGAAUGAAUUAGAUGAUGCCAUUUCCGUAUUUCGUAAUCAUUGUGAACCUCAUCCGCUGGGCAUGCCACCGAAUAUGGACGGAUCGUACGUUGGACCGUCACCACUUGUUAACUCAAUCGGCCAAACACCUCAAGAAAAUAAUCCAACGAAUGAACCGCCAACAACGAUUAAACUAGAACGUGUGCCAGCCAAUUCAAAGAAGCGAAAGGAGCCACCAGAUGUGGACACCAAGCCAAGCAGUAGCUCUGUAGAUGGAUCGAAUAAGGGUGGCAAGCGAACAAGACGAUACUGCAAUAGCACUGACGAAGGUGAAAAUAAUAUAGAUCCAACACACAAAGCCAUAAGAGAAAAAGAACGACGUCAAGCUAACAACGUUAGAGAAAGUAAAAUAUCGCGCAGUUGUUCAAGCGAAGGUGAAGAUGAUGAGGAACCUGCCAUUAAAGCACAAAGAGAACGGGAGCGACGUCAAGCCAAUAAUGCUAGAGAAAGAAUACGGAUCCGAGAUAUAAAUGAAGCGCUUAAGGAGCUUGGUCGAAUGUGUAGCACACACCUGAAGUCCGACAAACCACAAACUAAAUUGGGAAUACUUAACAUGGCUGUUGAAGUGAUUAUGACGCUCGAGCAGCAAGUUAGAGAACGUAACCUUAAUCCAAAAGCAGCUUGUCUGAAACGACGAGAAGAGGAAAAAGCUGAAGAUGGUCCAAAGUUACCUCAACAUCACAUGCUUUCAAAUGCCCCCUAUCCAGCGAUGCCUGUGAGUAAUAUUCAGUUCGAUUUCUGAAUCGAAAAUCAUGCUGGAUCUGCAACGAGAGUCCACAACAAUGGCUUGCUAUUGGGACAACAAUUUAGAUUAAAUUUUAUGAAGACUAUGUAAAUUUUGAAAUAAGCAACAUGAGAAGGGAAAAAAAACCAACCAUGCAGGAAGAGAAGAACAUCAGACACACAAUAUUGUGAAUGAAAACAAAAAUAAUAAUAUUAAUACGGAAAUCAGACAAAAUUUAACUCAAGUUUUGAAAAUGAAAAAAUUCGAUACACAUCAAAAAGAAGAUUGAAUGAAAAUACUAUAUCUUUACUUAUGUAUUAAUAACGCUAUCAGUCUCUAAAGCGAAAGAAGCCUAUAUCAUAUUAAAAAAAAAAAAACAAAAACAAAUAGUAUUAAACAAUUUAUUUAGAAAGUGAGGAUCCUUAUGGAUAGAGUCAAUGAAAUUCAUUGGAAUCUUUAAUUUCUCUCUUCUCUCUCUCUCUAUCUCGUUUCAAUUAUUUCAUAUGGCAUGCGGUUGAUGUUGAGACAAACAACACUGAAACGCAUAAACGAUUUUUUUUUCAGUUAAUUUGGCCACAAUUUUUCUAUUUUCUCAAAAAUCACGACAUUUCUGAGCAUUGUUUUCCUUAAAUCGCCUUCUUAUCGCUGCGAUGAAAAAUAUAGCAAAUUUUCAAACCAAACACACACACACACAUUCAACGCAUUAUUUUACACUCAAUUUAAUUGUUUAACAACGUUUUCAUUUGUACUCAAUUUUCUUUGAAAACAAACAAACCAUAUAGCAUAUUUUCUUCGUAACAGUUUUACCUUUUUUUGUGCUUAAAUAUAUAUGACUGUGAUAAUUGCGGGGAGAUACAAAACAGAAACAACAAACCAUUCAACCAUAAAUCAUCAUCUCAGAAAUAAAAAGAAAUGAAGAAAAAAGAAACCAAAUCGUAAAUGUCUUGAAUAGAUGAUGAAGAGACAAUAAUAUCGUUCUCAUCAAGCUGCUUAUCUUUCAUUGUGGCGAUAAAUGGCAACUUAUAAAUUAAAAAAAUGUCACUCGAAGAACAACUAUGUAAAAUCUAGCACUAUCAUUUGUUUUUCAUCGUUACAACAAUUGUACAAUUUCAAUGUACAAACAAUAACAACUAAAAAUGUUCUUAAUGUACAAAACUCGAUUGAAAAGAAAUGCAUCAGCCCCGUGUAUUAUCAAUGGCUCAAUAAGUAAAGAAAAAAGAAAUCAAAUACAAAGAAAUAGUCUUUCUUAAGCCAUUAGAAACAUAUUACCAAUACCAAUGGUAAGGAAGAGACCAUACGCUCUUCUAUUUUUUUAAAUAAAUUCUUUUAAUUAACGCUCACUCUUUUUCUCUGUAGUGCCAUUUAAAAGCCAUAAUCGUAUUAUCGUUUGUUUUGUUCAUUUUUAUAUCAUUUUCCUUUCCUUUUGUUUUAAAUUUUGCGUGACAAUGAUAUGAGGGUGAAAAACGCACGCAUCAAAAUUGGUAUAUCGCUAAAUAAAGUUAGUUGAGAAUAAUAACCGAAAAAAAGAGAAAAAAAAUUACAAAAAAAUAAGGCUAAGACAAACGAAUGUGACCAUGAACUAACUAUGAGAAGAUAGAGAG